AUGACUAGCUACAGUGAAGCAUGCUGCAAGAGUCUCAGUGUCCCCCCAGCACUUGGCAAUGGGUAUAAACGCCAAGGUUCUAUGGCUGACAUUGCCGGAAUGAAAACCUAUAUUACUGGACCAGAAUCUGCGAAGAAGGCUAUCCUAGUCAUCCACGACAUUUUCGGGUUCAAAGAUCAAACCAUCCAAGGCGCUGACCUGCUUUCCUCCCUUGACACCGAGCUCACCUAUCGAGUUUUUAUGCCGGAUUUCUUCAAUGGAGAACCAGCUGAUACGGCGUGGUACCCUCCCGACACAGAUGAGAAGAAGGCGAACUUCUUCAACUUCAUUCAGACAAUGGCCGACCCUGUCAAGAAGUCAACUCUGGUACCCAACUUUAUCAAGCAGGCAGACCAGACAUCAUUGAAAGGCGCCUUCGAAUCCUGGGCCAUCGUCGGCUUCUGCUGGGGCGGCCGCAUGGCCGCCAUCUUGGCCGGAGAAGGAAGCCUUUUUAAAGCGGCUGUGUCAUGUCACCCAGGAAUGCUCAAGAACGAGGACGCAGCCAGGGUAACGAUACCGUUUGCCAUCCUCGCGUCCAAAGAUGAGCCAGCAGAAGAGGUCGCCAGUUUCGCGGCACACCUCAAGGUUCCCAAGUACAUAGAGACUUUCCGCACGCAGAUUCAUGGCUGGAUGUCGGCAAGAGGCAAUCUUGGAAAUCCAGAAGUCCUGCGAGAGUACGAACGUGGCUAUCGGACAGCUGUAAAAUUCCUGGCCGAGCAUGUAGCAGCUUGA